CCCGGCCCCUAUUUCCUGUUCCGGGUGGACAGGGGCGACGGGUAUCUUUCUCUGUUAACGACCGCAGUAUGGCUCUGGUGGGGGCGCUCGGCAAAGCCUCUCGGCGGCUUGUAGCCGAGGCUCCCCGAACAGGUCUGAGGCGGCUGCUCUCGGCUGCAGCAGGGGGCCAUGAGGCGGCGGGGGGCGCCCGUACAUGGAAGAUCCUGACCUUUGUGGUUGCUCUUCCUGGAGUUGCUGUCUGCAUGCUGAACUGCUACCUGAAGGGUCAACAUGAACAUGAGAGGCCAGAGUUCAUUCCCUAUCCACACCUCCGCCUCCGGACCAAGCCCUUUCCUUGGGGUGAUGGGAACCAUAGCCUCUUCCAUAAUCCUCAUACAAACCCUCUCCCAACUGGCUAUGAAGAUGACCAUUAAAUGUGUGGAUCACAGCAGCACCAUGGGACCAUUAAGAUAGCUGGACCAGAACUUGGGCUGGGAUUCACAAUCAAAACGUUCUGCAUUCCUUGUACUGUCAGAUUAUGCAUUGCAUUCUGAUCUCUAGCAGUUUGCUUUUCGUGGAGGUCAUCUAAAUAAAACUAUUCCAUACAAGUA